CCUGGCUCCUGGAUUCCCUUCUCCAAGUAGAUAAUUGAAUUCUGUAUAAACCUGUGAACUGCAUAAAAGAAAACGCGCAGGCGCAUUCCAACCGCUUCCAAUCAUACCUUACUCUUGCAAACACUCUUUGAUAUUCCGAGCACCGGUCGAACAGAGGUUGCUGUUGGUUUUCGCAAAGGCAGCACAGCACAGGGAGCACAAGUUUGCCCAAUAAGUACGCGAAUGCCUCCCCAUCCUGCAAAAAGAGCCGCAUCCGCAUCACAAAUCAAGAAGCACCCUUUCCCCCAGGAGUGGGAUACAACUUCAUUUCUUUUAUCGAGUUCUCGCAACACUUUCGACAUUUUGUUUCUCCCAUCGCCCCGAGGCACCUGUCAAGAUGGCGUGGUCGAAGUCAACGCGGAUCUCGAUAAUGCUGGGCAUUGAUGCGGCAUUCCUAGUUCUGGAGCUGGGGACUGGGAUAUGGGUUGGGAGUUUGGCACUGAUGGCGGAUGCCUUCCAUAUGUUGAACGACAUCAUCUCCCUGGUUGUAGGAUUAUGGGCUGUCAAAGCUGCCCAACAGUCAUCAACCGAUAAAUAUUCAUUUGGAUGGUUACGCGCAGAAAUUCUGGGUGCAUUUUUCAACGCAGUAUUCUUAAUCGCCCUUUGCCUCUCUAUCGUUCUUGAGGCUAUACAACGACUCAUCGAUCCUCCCGAGAUCAGCAACCCGGAGUUCAUUCUUAUUGUUGGAUCAUUGGGAUUGGCCUCCAACCUCGCUGGGUUCUUAGUUCUCGGAGGACAUGGACAUUCACAUGGACCCGAGGAGCAUGAUCACGGACACGACGAGAUCAGGGAUGCGGAGGAAGGGCACGGUCAUACCCAUAGCCAUGGACACAGUCACGAAGCUACGGCAAAUGCAAACGACGGGGAUGACGGACCUAUUGGAGAUAUCUAUCCUGAAGCAGUCGUUGCAAGAGCCAAGUCCAGGCAACACAUUCGAUUCACAUCCAACGACUCAGAUGCCAUUACCAAUGUUGACUCUCCCAAGUCUUCGAAGCAGCACCGAAGAAGAAAUAGCAGUAUCAGAAAUGGCCGAUAUUCAACCCCGGAUGACUUCAGUAUCCACCCAGCCAGUUUCAGACAAGAGAUUAUAGCCGCCAGUAAAUCGCAGCUUAACGGAAUUGAGAGCGAGAAUGCCUCAUCUGAAGAUGAAGCAAUACUGGACGAACCUACAGAGAAUUCGCCACUACUCACAGGGAACAGCUCACAUGGGAAAUCAAAGGGGCAUGAUCAUGAUCAUGAGCAUUCUGGACCAAAGGCAAGGCAUGAUUCAUGGCAUGCUAGCCACAACCAUAAUAAACCAAAAAAGGCUAAGAAGGUUGGCCACGGCCACAGCCAUGAUGAUAUGGGAAUGAACGCCAUGAUCCUUCAUGUCAUUGGAGAUGCUCUCGGAAACCUUGGAGUUAUUGUAUCGGCAUUGAUAAUCUGGCAGACUACAUGGUCAGGACGUUUUUAUGCUGAUCCAGCUGUCUCUCUUUUCAUCACUCUUAUCAUCCUCAAAUCAACCCUACCACUUACGUUUGCAACUGCCAAGAUCCUGCUUCAGGCUACGCCGGAUCACAUCGAUGUCACCGAUAUCAAAGAGGAUAUUCAAAAGCUUCCGGGUGUCAUCAGCUGUCAUCACGUCCAUAUUUGGCAACUUAGCGACACCCAGAUUGUCGCAUCGAUGCACAUCCAGGUCGAAUUCCCAAUCAGCGAGGCUAGCGGCGAGAAGUAUAUGGAGCUAGCCAAGGCAGUACGAAAAUGCCUCCACGCGUACGGCAUCCACAGCGCUACCAUCCAGCCAGAGUUCUGUCUUGAUAAAGCUCACGACCACACUGGCGAGAGACCAGGCGCCGUUGGACUUGAUGGCAUUGUGGGCCAACUUCGUUGCGGCCUCGACGAUGAUGACACAUGUCUAUUGGAAUGUGUUGAUGACUGCAAAGGAAAAGGGUGCUGCUCACCAAAAGCAGCGGACCCCCAACACGACCACUCUGAUCAUGACGGCCACGACCAUGCACAUUAG